AGGCCUAAGUUCGGGUGUAACCGUUCAUUUGAUAAUCUUGCAACUUGACAGAAACAAAUUCAGGGAUGAACUUGGUGUUUCAUUAAAGUCAUUAAUCUAUAAGGAGAGAAGUCAACAAGAUGUUUGAAAAUCUUUAUAACUGUCAUAAGGGAUGUAGGACAACUUCUCACUCGAAUUUAUUUAUUUUUUGGCAAAAAGAUGCAACGUUUCUUAGAAAACACGCUCACUCAAUUUUAUUAAGAUAAAUCACAUAAUUGCCGAUAUACUCAAUUCGAAAAUUUGCUACUAUUUAGUUAUACCCGAUCCAACCCAUUUUAGAAAAAUUCUGUCUGAAUUUAAAGAAUAUAUCUCGCAGAUUGACCGAUAUUUUCGAAAAGAAGUUCGGAAUUUGCACAAAUAUUAGUCCACCCCUAUGGCACCAUUCGCGCCAAUUUUCAAUUGGAUAUAUUGUGCAUCAAUUAUUACUAAAUACACUACAAAGUCACAUACAUACAUAUGUGUACAACUAUUUGGCACAUACAUAUUAAAUAACAGAGAUGCAAAAACAAACAUUUUUGUUGUGCUAACUAAAUAACGGCUUACAAUGUCAAAAAAUCUUAAUUGCAAUCCUUGUUGAACAACUACAAAAGUAGCUAAGAUUUAACAGAACUAUAAAUUUCUUUUUUUUCGCUUUUACAAAAUGCCAAGUGAAAUAAUAACCUUGCAGUUGGGACAAUGCGGAAACCAAAUCGGCUUUGAAUUCUGGAAGCGCUUAUGCUUAGAGCACGGUAUUUCACCAAACGGUGUACUGGAGGAUUACGCCACCGAUGGCUUAGAUCGCAAGGAUGUCUUCUUUUAUCAGGCUGAUGAUAAUCAUUAUAUACCGCGCGCGGUAUUACUCGAUCUGGAGCCGCGAGUUAUCAAUACAAUAAUGACAUCAACGCACGCCAAGCUAUAUAAUCCAGAGAAUAUAUAUUUAUCGAAGCAUGGUGGCGGCGCGGGCAACAAUUGGGCUUCAGGUUUUAGUCAAGGCGAGAAGUUACACGAAGAAGUUUUUGAUAUCAUUGACCGCGAGGCAGAUGGUAGUGAUUCACUUGAAGGUUUUGUGCUCUGCCAUUCAAUAGCCGGCGGCACCGGUUCGGGUAUGGGCUCAUAUAUCAUGGAACGAUUGGCAGAUCGUUUCCCUAAAAAAUUACUACAGACAUACAGUGUAUUUCCAAACCAAGAUGAAAUAAGUGAUGUUGUGGUACAACCAUAUAACUCGUUGCUUACACUAAAACGUCUGACUGUUUGCGCAGAUUGUGUGGUCGUUUUGGAUAACACAGCUUUGAAUCGCAUUGCUGCAGAUCGAUUGCAUAUUGAAAAUCCAACUUUCGCACAAAUUAAUAAUCUAGUAUCGACCAUAAUGUCGGUCAGUACAACUACUUUGCGUUAUCCAUCUUAUAUGAACAAUAAUCUGAUUGGAUUGACAGCGCCAUUGAUACCUACGCCGCAAUUACAUUUUCUAAUGACUGGCUAUACACCACUCACUACUGAAAACGAUGUAAGUUUUAGAGAUACACAUUUACAUACAUAUUUACAUACGAGGUUCUCCAAACUACGUAUAUUUCAGCCAAAUUUAAGUGUACGUAAAACGACAGUGUUGGACGUAAUGCGCCGUCUGUUACAGCCUAAAAAUAUGAUGGUAUCUUCUGGACCCGACAAGACAAAUCAUCAUUGCUACAUCUCUAUAUUGAAUAUUAUACAGGGCGAAGUUGACCCAACACAAGUACACAAAUCGCUGCAGCGUAUACGCGAACGAAAACUGGCGCAAUUCAUACCGUGGGGUCCAGCUAGUAUACAGGUUGCCUUAUCCCGUAGCUCACCAUAUGUGCAGAGCAAUCACAAAGUUUCUGGUCUAAUGAUGGCUAAUCAUACGGGCAUCACAUCGCUAUUUAACCGUGCUUUAGCGCAAUAUGAUAAAUUGCGUAAACGUGGAGCAUUCUUAGAUCAAUUUCGGCGGGAGGAUAUGUUUAAAGAUGAUCUAUCAGAACUGGAUCACUCGAAGCUAGUAUUAGAUUGCCUGUCACAGGAGUACGAAGCAGCAACGCGUCCGAAUUAUUUGCAAUGGAGUCCAAGUAAUGUUCAACAAGGCUUCUGAUUUUGCCCACAUUUAUUAUUUUCUUAUCGCAAAAAUUUAUUCUUUUGAAGUUAAGUUUAAAAAUGUAUAGGGUAGGAAUUUAUUUUUUUAAUAAAUUAAAUAUUUGAAACGAAUUUAAAUUAAA